UAUUCAUAUAUCAAAACCAAAUCAAAUCAAUUUCUACCCAAAACAAGUAUUCUUUCGUUGCAUCUUACAAACAAUGGAGAAGCAAAGACAAAACCAAGCGCCACACAUUUUAGUGUUACCAUAUCCACAACAAGGACACAUAAAUCCUAUGCUUCAAUUCGCCAAACGUUUGAUCCAAAAUGGAGCUAAAGUAACACUAGUCAACACCAUUUCCAUUUGGAACCAAAUCAGCAACAACAUAGAUCUAAACUCCAUUGAAAUUGAAAGCAUCUCCGAUGGUUAUGACAAUGGAGGAGCUUCAUCAGCAGAGAGUAUGGAUGCUUACAAAGACAGAUUCUGGAAAGUUGGUCCAAAAACUCUCUCUCAACUUCUUGAUAAACUUCAAAGUUCAAACAAGCCUGUAGAUUGUGUUGUCUAUGAUGCUUUCUUACAUUGGACUUUUGAUGUUUCCAAGAGUAUUGGAAUACCUGUAGCUGUUUUCUUAACUCAAGCUUGUUCGGUUAAUACUAUCAAUUUUCAUGCUUUUAAGGGAUGGUUGGAUUUACCUUUGUUGGAGACAGAAAUUGUGUUACCUGGAUUGCCUAAGCUUGAUGCUUCUGAUUUGCCACCUUUUUUGAAUCAAUAUGGAACAUAUCCUCGUUCCUUUGAUAUUCUUACAAACCAAUUUUUAAAGAUUGAUCAAGCUGAUUGGGUUUUUGUCAACUCAUUCUAUGAACUUGAGCCAAAGGUAGUAGAUUGGUUAGCGAAGAAAUGGGGACUAAAGACAAUAGGACCUUGUGUUCCAUCUAUGUUCUUAGACAAAAGACUUCAAAAUGACAAAGGUUAUGGGAUAAGCAUUUUUGGUCCGAAUUCUGAAGAUUGUAUCAAAUGGUUAGAUAAUAAACCAAAAGAUUCGGUUGUGUAUGUCUCUUUUGGAAGCUUAUCGGAUCUUAGUGAAGACCAAACAAAAGAAAUAGCUUAUGGAUUAAGAGAUUCUGGAGUGUAUUUCAUAUGGGUUAUUAGAGAUUCCGAAAAGCAUAAACUUUCAAAGGAAUUUAUGGAAACAUCAUUCAAAAAAGGUUUAAUAGUAAAUUGGUGUCCACAACUACAAGUGUUAACACAUGAAGCUGUUGGUUGUUUUGUGUCACAUUGUGGUUGGAAUUCAACAUUGGAAGCUUUGAGUGUUGGUGUUCCUGUCAUUGCAAUGCCACUUUGGACGGAUCAAGUUACAAAUGCUAAGUUUAUUGUUGAUGUAUGGAAAAUUGGAGUCAAAGCUGUUAAAGAUGAGAAAGAGGUAGUUAGAAGAGAAACAAUUAAGGAUUGUAUAAAGAUAAUAAUGGAAACGGAAAAAGGAAAUGAAAUAAAGAAGAAUGCUAUCAAAUGGAAGAGUUUGGCUAAGAAUUCGGUCGACAAGGGUGGAAGUUCUGAUAAGAAUAUUGUUGAGUUUGUGAAAGAAUUAACUCUCUACUAAACUACAUAGUUUAUUCAGGUAUUUUUUCCGCAUUCACAAAAUCAGUACAUUGAAAAUCAAGACAUCUUUAUAAACAUGUUGGUUAUUAAAAAAAAACUGUCAAUGAAAUGUAAUAACACAUUGGUUUCGAGAGCUUUGAGAUCACUACAACACGGAAGGGCUUUCACAGCGCUUUUUUUGGCCUUUAACAGCGCUUUAAAGCGCUGCCAAAGCCAGCGCUGGCGUAGGCUACGAAAGCGCUUUUAAAAGCGCUCUGGUAGACCCCCCCUUUAAGAGCGCUUUCCUGGAAAAAGCGCUCUGGUAGGACCCCCUAUAAGAGCGCUUUCCUGGAAAAAGCGCUCUGGUAGACCCCCCUUUAAGAGCGCUUCUUAG